AUGUCCGCCGACCACACCCCGGCAGCGGAACAGCCGGGCCACACAUAUGACCACGAUAAAGCCGAGGAAUUAGCCAGGGCAGUCAGGAAGUUUGAAGAGUCCGACCAGCCAAAUCAGUCUCACCGCGAACAUGCCUCUCAGUCCAGCUCAGACGGAAUUUUCAACGAACACUCAAAAGAAACCCACCACGGCAAGCGCGAACUCACCGAGGACGACUGCUACGACAAGCUCGGCUUCUGCUUCCCCCGGUACAAAAAAUGGACCAUCCUUACUGUCAUCUUCGUCGUGCAAAUGUCCAUGAACUUCAACACGGGCGUCUAUGCCAAUGCAGUCCCAGGCCUUCAGGAAGAGUUUGGUAUCAGCGCGCAGGCGGCCCGGGUCGGCCAGAUGAUCUUCCUUGUGACAUACGCAUUUGGCUGUGAGCUGUGGGCACCCUGGAGCGAGGAGUUUGGUCGCUGGCCCAUCAUGCAGCUGAGUUUGUUUCUUGUAAACGUAUGGCAAAUCCCUUGCGCCGUCGCACCGAACUUUGGGACGAUCGUUGUGUGUCGGGCGCUCGGGGGCCUCAGCUCUGCUGGCGGAUCAGUGACACUGGGCAUGACGGCCGACAUGUGGGAGGCCGAGGAUCAAGGAUACGCGGUUGCGUAUGUUGUUCUCUCGUCCGUCGGUGGGUCGACCAUCGGUCCCUUCUUUGGCGGGUUCAUCGGGCAAUAUCUAUCAUGGCACUGGGUGUUCUGGGUGCAGCUGAUCUUCGGCGGCAUCACCCAGGCAAUGCAUUUCCUCCUUGUCCCUGAAACGCGCGCCACGAUCCUUAUUGACCGCGAGGCCCGCCGCCGUCGCACAACCGGGGACGAUGUCUACGGACCGAACGAGCUCAAGACGCCUCGUCUGGACGCCAAAGAUGUGCUGCGCGUCUGGCGCCGGCCGUUCGAGAUGUUCCUGCGCGAGCCCAUCGUGCUCUGCCUAUCCCUGCUGUCCGGUUUUUCCGACGCCCUCAUCUUCAUCUUCACCGAGUCGUUCAGCCUCGUUUUCGAACAGUGGGGAUUCAGCACCCUCGCCGUCGGCAUGACCUUUGGCUCGAUCCUGACCGGCUACGUAAUUGCCUACCUGAUCUUCCUGCCGGAUAUCUGGCGCCAGCGCAAGAUCCGCAAAAUGCACGGCCCCGCAGCUCGGCUGCCUGAGCGGCGCCUCCUGCUUCUCUUAUUCAUCGCCCCCCUGGAACCAAUCGGGCUACUGGGCUUCGCUUGGACAUCGAUGGGACCGGCUUACACGCCGUGGAUCGCACCGUGCAUUUUCGCCUGGCUGAUCGCCAUGGCCAACUACGGCAUCUACAUGGCCACGAUCGACUACAUGGUCGCCGCGUACGGGCCGUACUCCGCCUCAGCGACGGGAGGAAACGGCUUCGCGCGGGACUUCCUGGCGGGCAUUGCGACAAUGUAUGCUACUCCUAUGUAUGAGAAUAUCGGGGAUAAGUUCCAUCUGCAGUGGGCGAGUACUUUGCUGGGCUGUGCGGGUAUUCUUGUGCUUAUCCCGUUGUAUAUCUUUUACUGGAAGGGCCCGACUAUUCGGGAGAGAAGCAAGUUUGCGCAGACGCUGGAGGCAGACAGGCAGCGGCAUAUGAGUCGGCGGGCAAGUUAUUUGUCAGGGAAGCAGAAGCCAUACGAUGUUUGA